ACUAGUUUCGCUGUAUCGCGAACUCAUCUCAUAUGUGAUCUCUCUCACAUACUAAUUGACACGCGGUGUGAGACUGUACCAGGCAAAAUUACAGAAUUCCAGUUUGUCUCGUAAAACCAACGGGAUUCCCCGGAAAGCUUGGCCAUUCUGCAAGUGACGUUCUGAUUUCAGUCUCCCCUCUGACAUGCUACUGUUCGGAUCUACGAUUGUGUUAUUCUUAGGACUGCUUUCGGAAACCACUGCCGCUGGCAGCUGCGGUCAGAAGAAAGCAAUCGCUCAACAGUUUAUAGCCCAUGGCUACCGAGCGUUGGCAGGAUCGUGGCCCUGGCACGGUGCCAUGUUCAUCCGGAUGCAGCGAUCAUCGGCUUACGCGUGUGGGGUAACGAUCCUGACGGAACAGUUCGUUAUCACUGCGCAGCACUGUACGAUUGAUCCGGCCGAGAGGCAAAGACUACCGGCGAGUCGGGCUUUCGUCAAGAUUGGAGUGACUAAUUUGGACGCUCCGGAAAAGCAUGCCCAGCAGCACGAUGUGGACAGGAUUAUACGGCACGAGGGGUACGAUGAUAUUACGUUUGAGGAUGAUAUUGCGCUGCUGAAGUUGUACACUGAGAUUACGUACUCCAGUCAUGUACAGCCAAUUUGUUUGUGGCCGGGGGAUAGAUCGUUGAAGAAAAUUGUGAAUCAAAUUGGAUACAUUGCCGGUUGGGGGUUGGACGAGAAUUUUGGGUUACCGAAAGAUUUAAACGAAGCGACUAUGCCGAUUGUGUCCAAAAAGGAUUGUAUCGAUAGUGAUCCAGAUCAUUACUCGAAGGUGUUCCAUGAAGCGAAAACGUUCUGCGCAGGUUACGGGAAUGGAACUGCGGCAGGUCCCGGUGAUAGCGGAGGUGGCAUGUUCCUGCGAGUCGGUAAUCACUGGGUGCUGCGGGGAAUUGUAAGCAAUGGCAAGACUGAUCCGAAUACUUUGAAAGUUAUAAGUACCAGCUAUCUGGUGCUAAUGGACGCUGCUUAUUAUAUUGAUUGGAUUCGGUCGCAUGUUACUAUUAUGACGACGAUUGAGAUUGAUGAGGAACCGGUGGAAGCUCCAGCGGCAAGCUCCCCGUCGGGUGGACAGGCAAAUCUUCUUGGAAUUGCGCAAUGCGGGAAGGAUGCUUAUCCUCUGGGCACACCAGAGGAGCUUAAGCGAUCCCUCAACCAGUACCCGUGGUUGGCGGUGAUUGAAUUUGUGAAUGUGAACAAUCGUGUACUGGAGGACAUGUGUCAUGGAGUUUUGAUUCAUCCGAGCUUCCUUUUAACGGCUGCACAUUGCGUGCAACGUAGGAGACUUUCCACCAUACGCUCAAUCCGACUCAAUGACUAUCGUCUUGACACGGUGAAUGAUAUUUUUGAAGUUGACGGAAAAACUAUUAGGACAACCUCAGAACGAAUCCCGGUUGUUGGCGUUUCGGUUCACGGCGAUUAUAACAAUCCAAAGUACACAAACAACAUCGCCCUGGUAAAACUGGGUCGACCGACAAUGAUGACUCCGAUCUGCCUUCCGACGAAGGGAUCUUCACUGCCCACUAACAAAUUAAUGAGUAUAGUCGGGUGGAAAAAGCAUGAGCGACCGGAGAAGCAUCUGAUACGAAAUGUAGUUCAGUUGACUGAUUUCAAUGCUUGCAGAAGAAAGUACACUGAAGUCAGCAUUCAGUUGGAUACAACCGGUGGUCAGAUUUGCAGCACCUACAGUCAUGCCGAUGAUGAUGAAAACUGCUCCCAUUACAUGGGAUCCGCUCCCUUCCAGUACGUUAGGAAUGGUCCGAGGGAAGGACGUUACUUCCUGGCAGCGAUUUCCAGCUUUGGACAUUCGAACUGCAAAAGAGAAGACUACUCCGACGUGUUCACCAAUGUGGUCCACUACAGUGAUUGGAUCUACGAUAAGGUGAAGCAAAAUGAGUGAACGUAGAUGCGACGGUACUAUAAAAUACGUAAUUUGAAUAAUUUUAA